CACACAAAACCUCACAGCUGUCUACCGGAAAUGUGAAGUAGAAGAAGUCACAGAGCCGCUUGCUAAUGUUGCUAACUAACACGGAAGCUGCACAGCGUGUGAACUGGUAGUAUUACGUCUGCUUAAGGAGGCGCCCAUUGAAAGGUGCCCCCAUUCUGUGUCAGCAGUGCCACUCAAUCGACGACCAUGUCGGACGGCCGGAUCUAUGUGGGGAAUCUCCCCAUGGAUGUCCAGGAGAGAGACAUUGAGGAUCUCUUCUACAAAUAUGGAAAAAUCCGUGACAUUGAAUUGAAGAACAAUAGAGGCACUAUCCCCUUUGCCUUCAUCCGAUUUGAAGACCCACGGGAUGCGGACGAUGCCGUCUAUGGAAGGAAUGGAUAUGGAUAUGGAGACUCCAAGCUGCGUGUAGAGUAUCCCCGCUCCUCUGGUGCUAAAUUUGGUCCUAUGGGAGGUGGAGGUGGUGGUGGUGGUGGAGGUGGAGGAGGAGGGGGAGGAGGAGGACCAAGAGGAAGGUUUGGACCCCCAACUCGAAGAUCUGAUUUCCGGGUCCUAGUGACUGGAUUACCGCCAACCGGGAGCUGGCAGGAUCUGAAGGAUCAUAUGCGCGAGGCAGGAGAUGUCUGUUUUGCAGACGUGCAGCGUGAUGGCGAGGGUGUGGUGGAAUUUCUGCGCAGAGAGGACAUGGAGUAUGCAUUGCGCAGACUGGAUCGGACUGAGUUCCGUUCACACCAAGGUGAGACCGCUUACAUCCGCGUCUAUGAAGAGAGGGGCACCCCUAACUGGGGUCGGUCACGCUCCCGCUCCAGAUCCAGAGGUCGCUACUCACCUCCCUAUAGCAGAGGAUCUCCCCCUCCACGCUACCAGUCGCCUCCACGGCAUGCUAUGUCGCGCCAUAGUCCACCCCCCAGGAGGCACCCUCCCCAGCACCAUAGCCCACCUCCGCGUCACUACCGGUAGAAAGGCCUGUCAUUUAUAGAGGAAUUGAGGAAAACAUUUUGUAAUUUUACUUUUUAUUUUAUUUUAUUUUUAAAACCCCAGGCCUCCUUGUAGGAUACAUCAUCAUUAUAUGUUGCUACAAAACAUUCCAUGAUCAGGAUCUGAACACACCCUGCUCUUCUCCUCAGCCUUAAAUUUUUUUUUCCUUGUUAUUUGAACACCCAAUCGUGUUAUCUGGAAACGGUGUUGUAUUGUUUGGGUUUUUCCCUAAGUGAAGUAAAUGUUUUAGAUUGUCAUGUAACAUAUUGAGGGUUUCUUUUAUAAAGAAAUUCUGGGUGAUGUCAAACUUUGACCUGUACACACACACACACAAAAUGUCAUUGUCCAAAACGAAUCACGCAAUUCUGCAGCUACCAGGCUGUGAGGUCAUGUUGCUGUAACCAUGUUGAGUAUGACGUUUUUGCCAAUCUAUGAACCUGUGAAGCUAAUCAAUAUCCUCCUCUGACUCGAAACAUGUCAAAUUAGUGAGCUUUUUAGAGUAGUGACACAUGUUGACUGUGAGCCUGUCAAAUGAUUUUUUAAAAUUUGAGGUGGCCUGUUGGUGGGAUAUAAUUUGUACGCAUCUCUCUGUUUGUUUUUUGUUUUUUGUUUACCAAUAAAAUGCAAACUUUUACUGUGA